AUGGACACUCGUAUCAGCCUGCAGGCCGCAGAGGCGGCACGAAGCAACUUUACAGACGCCAAGGGCGGUUUUGAGCAUUUACUGCGAUGCUGGGCGCAGCAAGACUGCGGUCGCUGCAUUAAUACGGAUGAAUGUUCUUGGUGUCCCUACACGUGGGCCUGCGUUCCCAACAAGCAGCAUCCGGCCUUUCUCGCACCCAUCUACAACGAAGACGUUUGCCCCGCGCGCGCUGAGCGGUGGGAGCUGCGCUCGCAACCGUUUGGGUGCCGCGUCUCGACGUACACCGUCUUCAGCACGGCCAUUGCCAUCAACGUGACGCUGUUGCUGAUGCUGGUGCUCUGGCUGUUUGGGCUGGCGCUGCGGCACGUGCGAAGACGGAGCAGGGCGGCGGCCCGGCAGCGAUUCGUGGCGACGACGUGGUGGACGGCAGUGCCUCCAGACGACGACUCACAGCAGCAGCAGCGUGGUGGUGGUGGUGAGCGGCAGCCGCUGUUGAGAGGCCAAAGGGGGUGA